GGGGGCACCGAGUCACCAGGCACAACCGUGGGCUCCGAGUCAACUGGGAUGACCGCUGGCACUGGGUCAGACAUUGGAUCGUCUGGCUGGACAGCGGGCAUCGGGUCACCAGGCAUCAGGUCAUUUGGCUCGACAGCGGGCACCGCGUCAUCUGGCAAGGCAGUGGGCUCCGAGUCAACUGGUAUGACCGCGGGCACUGGGUCAGACAUUGGAUCGUCUGGCUGGACAGCGGGCACUGGGUCACCAGGCAUCAGGUCAUUUGGCUUGACAGCGGGCACCGCGUCAUCUGGCAAGGCAGUGGGCUCCGAGUCAACAGGCACGACAGUGAGCACCGGGUCAUCAGGUACCGGAUUGUCUGGCUCGACAGCGGGCAUCGAGUCACCAGGCAUCAGGUCAUUUGGCUCGACAGCGGGAACCGGAUCAGGUACCGGAUCAUCUGGAUCAACAGCGGGCAUCGAGUCAACUGGC